AUGGCCGGACCGCUGCGGGCCGCGCUGGCGCUGGGGCUGCUGGCGGCGGCACGGCCCGCACCGGCACAGCCCGCACGGCCCCGGGGCAGCGGCGGCAGGCGGAGUAGGGCCGGCACCGGCAACCGGGAGCGGGGCGGGAUGGGAGCGGGAUGGGACGGGCGCUGCUGCCCGCCGGCUGCUCCCGGCCGGCGUGGGAUGCCCGUGUCCUUGGUGUGCGCCUGUCCCCGUGUGCCUGUGUGUCCCCGUGUGUCCCCGUGUGUCCGUGUGUCUCCGUGUGCCCGUGUCCUGGGUGUGCCCGUGCACCGGCUGUGCCCAUGUGCCAAAGGUGUGCCCCUGUCUCCCAGGUACAUUCCCACCACAGGUGGGAGGUGGUACAAGAGGCACCUGACGUACCGGGUGGUGAACUGGCCGCCGUACCUGCCGCAGCACGAGGUGCGCCUGGCCGUGAGAGCCGCCUUCGAGCUCUGGAGCAACGUGUCCUCCCUGCUGUUUUGGGAGGUGCAGGACGGCCCCGCUGACAUCCGCCUGACCUUCUUCCACGGGGACCACAACGAUGGACUCAACAACGCCUUCGAUGGGCCAGGAGGUGCCCUGGCCCACGCCUUCUUCCCCCGGCGUGGGGAAGCCCACUUUGACAGCGCCGAGCGCUGGUCCCUGCGCAGCGGCAAAGGGCGCAACCUCUUCAUCGUGGUGGCUCACGAGGUCGGGCACACGCUGGGGCUGGAGCACUCCCCCGUCAAGAGCGCCCUGAUGUCUCCCUACUACAAGAAGCUCAGCAAGGAUUUUGUCCUCAGCUGGGAUGACAUCUUGGCCGUCCAGAACUUGUACGGUGAGCCUGGCUUCCCUGAGCAUCCCCUGUGUGGCUGGGGAGGAAGAUGUGGUCGGUGCUGGCGCUACGCGGGCUCCACCCUGGAGGCAGGUUUUCCCCAAAAGUGCAGCGCCCGCGGGCUCCCUCGGCACCCGGACACCGCGCUCUUCUUCCAGCAGCUCCGGCGCCUGGUGCUGUUCAAGGGCCCCAAGUACUUCGUGGUGAGCGAGGAGACCCUCGCUGUGGAGCCCUACUACCCCCGCAGCCUGCGGGACUGGCAGGGGCUGCCCCCCGGCACGGCGGGGGCCCUCACCCACCGCGACGGCUUCGUCUACUUCUUCCGGGACGACCAGUUCUGGAAGUUUGACCGGGCAAAGCUGCAAGUGGUGGCCACUGGCAAAUGGGCCACCCAGCUCCCCUGGAUGGGCUGCUGGGACGCAAACAGCGGGCAGGUCCUCUUCUGAGCAGAACCUGCUGGGAUGGAACGGGGCUCUGAACCCCACCUCGCUCACCGCUGCCUGGAUCCCUCUUUCUUUGACUCCGGGUUCCUGUCUGAGGAUGGUUUGGCAGGGAGACCGGCUGCCUGUGGAUGGCUGGAGCCAUGGGAUGGUGGAGCAGUGUCCCAGCACAGCAUGGAUGCAGUGGGACAGGUCUGCCACAGCCAGGUGGGCUUGGAGGCUUUGGGAGACAGUAUUUUUUUUAAAAGACCACAAAAAAUACAUAAACCAUGGAGACUGCAAUCACACCCAUUUCUGUUAACAUUCAGGAUAUCGUUACACCUUUUUUUCCAAAGCAGGACUGGGGUUUGUUGCUACUUUUUGAUAUCUUUGUUGAUGUUUGUUGAUAUCUGUUGUUUUCCCACGACCAGAGAGAGAAGUGCCUCGCCACUGCUUGGCUUGGGGUUUGGAUGCUUUUAAAUAUGAGACUGAGAAUGUUUCCUGCUUAAAAAAAAAGGAAAAGAGACAUUUGGACAAAACUCUGGAUCCGUGUUAAGCUUUGCCCUUGCUGUGUGCUCAGAGCCCCAGGGAUGGGGGGUCAGGGAUGCUUUGCUGGGCUGUGCUCACAUCCCAGAGCUCUGGUGAGGCACCAGCUGGAGACACCAACACGGUGGGAUUUGGGGGGAGAAACCAGAGGGGUUUGGUGCAGGAGCCUCUUUGGGGUGGAGAGAGAGGGGAGGCACAGCUGAGAUAUGACCAUGUGACUGCGCAGCUCACGGGCAGCUCUGCUUUGUCUCUGCAAGAGGCAGGAUUGGUGUGUUUUUGAGUCCCUGUGCCACAGUUGGAUGAACACAGGGUUGACAAAUUACUGGGGGAGGAGGGGAAGAGGAGAGGGUGAGCAGGACAGACAUGUCUGUGCAUGCAGGCUCACAAGGACAGCACGGCUGCAUAUUCCUCAUUCCUUUCCCGAAGCAGGCUCCCCACCUGGAAACGCUGCUGGCUCCUGUCAUGUCCACAAAGGGCCAUCGUGUCCCAUGGCAGGUGGGCAAGCUCAGCUUCCCAGGGCUGGAAUUCCACGGCAGCAAAUGCCAUCGGUGCUGAGCAAGACGGGGCUCAACUUUAUUAAAAUGUCCUUUGAUUGGAGAGAUUGGGGGAUUUUCACCGUGCCGGGGUCGUACACAGGUGGGCAGCUGUGUCACUGAUGGUUCUCCCAGGACUCAGACCCCAGCACUGCUUUGGGCUGGUCCUGCUGUGCCAGUGCUGUGUCAGGGUGCUGUGUCAGGGUGCUGUGCUGUGGUGCCAUGCCAGGGUGCUUUCCCCAUGCCAGCAGCUCUGAGGACUCUUUUCUUCAGCACAACAUCCUCCAUUUGCCCUCGCU